AGCGGCGCCCAGCGCGCGUGCGCGCGGGCCGGGGGCGGGGCCCUCAGCCGGGCCCUCAGCCGCGAGCCGCCAUGUCCGUGGCGUUCGUGCCCGAGCGGCUGCGCGGGAGGGCGGAGGUGAACCAGGACACGCUGCAGCGGCUGCUGGAGGAGAACGACCAGCUGAUCCGGUGUAUCGUGGAGUACCAGAGCAAGGGCCGCGCCACCGACUGCGUGCAGUACCAGCAUAUCCUGCACAGAAACCUCAUUUAUUUAGCUACAAUUGCUGAUGCCACUCCGCCCAGCACGCAGAAGCCUGUUGACUGAGUGCAAGACCUGGACAUGAGCAGUGCUGCUUUCAGAGGCUGUAGAAAUAGUUUAGAGUCUACUUUGGGAGCCAAGAAGGUGUGGGUUUGAAAAAGUCAGGUAAAAAGUGAUCUGAACUUCUGUGUUUCAAAUGUGAAUGUUGUUUUCAGUGUAGUAUUUGGCCAGCUUUUCCCCUGUUACUGUAACUAACACAGUUCAAGAAGGAUAAUUAUCACAUUCCCUUUUCCCUCUGAAAAACUCAAACUCAGUGUACUUCUGGGAAUAGCCUGGUUGUCAGGAGAGCACUAUGGGAAGCAGAGCCCAUUUCAUGAGUAAGGUUCUAUAAUAACAAGGUAAAUGUUAUGCUAUGUGACUCCUACUUCCAACAUGUUGGGCAAUUCCAGAGAUGUGUGUUUCAUACAUAAAAGCAAUAGACUUUUGUAUUCUGUAUCAAAACAACUGUGCUAAAUAAAGAUCUUCCUUGUAAAUUGUAGUAUAUUCUGAAUUAAUAUAAUGCAUUAACAAAGGA